AUGGUGGCCAGUCAAAACUGGGAGCUGGUCACAAACGUAACAUCCAUUGAUUUCAUAAAUUUGGAACCGCAUGCCUUAUAUCGCAUCAUGGUAUUGACACGCGGUAAAUAUGGCACAUCGUUGCCAUCAUCGAUGCUGUUAAUCAACACCACCGAACCGAAGAACAACAGCAGUGCCAGUGAUGAAAAAGAUGGUCAACAACAUAUUUAUGCUGCUCCCUCACCGCCACAUUCACUGGCAAUAAUUGCUCACAGUGCCACAUGGAUGCAGUUGACAUGGCAACCACCAGAAUACUCACAUCCUCAUGAGAAAAUUACCUACAGGUAUGUACAUAAAAACUGUAGAGCUGAAAAAUUCAAUAAAAUUGAGACAAGAGUUGCAUGGCUGCGCAUGGGUAAUUUGAAGCCAAGUUCACAGCAUAUUUUGUACGUUGAAGCUGUGGGAGAAAAGGCAACAUCAAUGCCAUCAGAAACACUUGUGGCCUGGACGGAUCCAGCCUUACCAGCCUUUGUGGAUUAUAUAUAUACGGUACAUCCUGCUGAUAAUAUACCCGAAGGUGGUUCCAUGACCAUACUUUAUCUGGCCUUGGGAAAUCCUGCUCCCACUAUUUCAUUAUAUGUUGGGGGACAUUUAGUACGUCCAGAUGCUUCAAGACAUAUGGUCACGGUUAUACACAAUGUGACCGCAGAUAUGGAACAUGUUUCGUGUUAUGCCGAUAACGGAUAUGGUGUGCCAAUGCAGGCCACACGGAAAGUUAAUAUAUGCUACCCUCCCAAAAUCCAAGCCGCCGGCAUAACAGUGGCCUCGGUGGGCAAUGAAGUGGAACUGCGCUGUCUAGUCGAUUCGAAACCCAAACCAAAAACUAUUUUCUGGCGUGAUCAUGAUGGCCGCAUACGGGUCAUUGAGGGUGGAAAUGAUCACAUUAUGGAACGUAUCAAUGAAUCACAUCCGAAUUUAUAUACCAUGGUGUUGCGCAUACAUAAAUUGCAAGCUAGUGAUGUUGGCGAUUAUUUCUGUCAUGCUGAAAAUCCAUAUGGUUCUAAGACCAUACCGGUAUCGGUACGUUUGCGCACCACCCCCGCCCUAAAUCAUAAUGUUACGGAAUGUUGUGCCCAACUGAAUGUUUCGAUGACGUGUCGCAGUGCCUGCAGUUAUUAUGUCGAUAUUGAUGCUAUAGCUGAUAAACCCGAAUGUAUUGUCGAAUUUGAUAAAAUGCUGCGUUGUGCCGCUGAUGGUUCAGAUCAUCGUAGUUGUUGUGCUGAUUCGAAUGUACCGCGUAAAUGUUUGAAUUGGUGUCGUGGCGAACCAGUGCGUUCUAAGGAAAUUUGUAGUCUGCAGUAUGCAAGAACUAUUGUGGGAUGUUUUGAAUCGAAUCGGGAUCGUUUGCCAGGACCGCCGGAAAAUAUUGCCGUUAGUGUGAUAUCGGAUAGUGAGGUGGUUAUAAAAUGGGAUCCACCAACCAAAAAUCCCAAUGCUGUUGAUGGCUAUCGCAUUUUCUACCAUGAAGCGGCCAUAAUUGGUAACGAUGUGACAUCUAGCGAGACAAUAAAUGGUGGUGCUGGUGUUAGCGGUGCCGCUGCUGUUCUCGAGCCAACAAUACUGAAUAAUAAUGCAACAAGCAUGCCAAUGGGAGGUAGUGGUGGUAAUAUCACGGCACCACCGCUAAGUGGCAGUGAGGUGAGACGCAUUGACGUCAAGGAAACCAGUGUGAAUAUAGAUGGUCUCAAAAAGGAUGUCUUAUACGAGUUGGUUGUGAAAGCUGGCAAUACCUAUGGUGCCAGUGUUUUAACGGAACCGAUAAAAUUCACACUUGGCGAGCAUCAUGUUACCUCCGCGACAACAUCAUACUCGAAUGCUGUGGGCACUAUAAGCGGCAUCGUUGCCAGCAUUUUGGCGGUACUGUUAGCAGCCGCCGCCAUUAUUUUCUACAGACGACAUCGAGCAAAUGGUAAGGCAGCCACUGGAGUGGCAUUUGAGAAUCCAACAUACACUCGAGGUUUAGAACAAGUACAG